AUGACGCAAACUAUUUGGAGGACAAACAGUGGAGUUUGGCUAAAAGAAACAAUCUACGUUAUUGGGGGCUAUGCUCGAAAAAAACCAACAAGCACUGUUUACAGUCUUGAAGUUCGAGCAGAUCUUCCUCUGAAGUGGAUUCAGCGUGCUUGUCUCAAUCAGCGCAGAUUCUCUCACGCUGCUUGUGUGCUUCAUGGAGUCAUUUACACUGCCGGCGGAUUAGAAUUUGUUAACAAUGGAACUCAUCAAGCUUUACGCCAUGUCGAGUGCUACGACCAGCUCAAUAACCAAUGGAAGACGUUGAGGCAAAUGCAUUCGCCUCGCUCAGAAAUGGCUAUUGCAGCUGGAAAUGGAAGGAUUUAUGUGGCUGGUGGUCGCAAUGAUCACGGUGUUAUCUUAAGCACCGUCGAAAUGUAUCACCCGGAUAACGAUGUAUGGAUCGAUGUGGUUGCAUUGCCCGAACCGCGAAAAGCCGCUUCGAUGUUUUUUGAUGGUCGCUCAUUGUUGGUAGCCGGUGGAUUUACCGAUGCAAACAUGGCUACGAAGAAGGUAAUUCGCUGGAGUCCGGGUACAUUCAUUUGGCAUGACCAUUCAACUUUGAAUCUUGGACGUGUAAAGAUGGCUUCGAUUAUACACGAAGAGAAAAUUUAUCUGAUUGGUGGCCGGAUUUCAGCAUCUGAUGUUCGGGGUACCUCGGUCGUUGAAGUUUUUGAUCGAAAAGAAAAUUGUUGGAUGUUUGAUAGCACGCUUCGUUAUCCAAGACAAGGAGGGUUUUUGGUCGUCAUUCCUGAUAGUGCUGAUCUUAUUCUUCCUACUUUGAAGAAACCUCGACAGAAUUGCCUUCAAUCACAGAAGCGAUCGCAUAGUGUCAACAGUGAUGAAUCUGCAUCAGAAAGCGAUAUUGAACAUCAAAGGGCCAAUCAUUCAUCACAGUCGAGCACCUCUGAGACAUCAACUGAA